AUGUCAUUGAUAGUUACCAGCUUUCAUGUUGAAUUGAUGUUUGGUAACAAAAGGAUUUGUCCGUUUAUAAUGACAUUGUUGUUUAACUUUAUCCAUAGAGCAUUGCUAACUAAAGAACUUUAUCAAUCUACUAGUAUAGCAUCGCUCGCAGAUUUACUUCUCCGAUAG